AUUAUAAGAUAAGAACAAAUCACAUCAGCGUAUUUCUCAAAGGAAAAGUUUUAAGAAAGUGGGUGUCCAAAUCAUCUCAGUGUAUUCAUUGAGUGUUGAUCAAGGGUAUAUUAUUAAUCUAUAGCCCAAAAGAACAAGAUCAUAAAAUGAAUUUCGAAGACAUAAAAAUACCUGGUAAACUGGUGCCCGACAACUAUUUGCAGCUAUCCUUGGCAGCGCGGCGCCGGAGACAAAAAAACUUUAAGGAAUUGCUAGAAAAGCGUAAAUUGCCAGAACAUGGUUGGAAAGAUGAGGAGAUCGAAGCCCUGGUCCAUGAAUUGUCCACACUUGAUAGCAACAACUUCAGCCAUAAUAUUGGUAUGGGCGAGCGAGAAGCGCGCAUUGCUUGCAAUCUGGUUGCUCGACGUCAUUACAACUUCGGACAUGGCAUCGGUCGCUCUGGGGAUCUGCUUGAGGCGCAACCAAAAGCCGCCGGCUCCACGCUGCUGGCCAAUUUGACAAACGCGCUGCUGCUGGAUCUGCUGCAAACGCUGGGCAUGCGAAGUUGUCGUGGCUGCCUCCUGGUGCCAAUGGCCACCGGCAUGACUUUGUCUUUGUGCCUCUUGGCGCUUAGCAAACAGCGGCCUAAUGCACGCUUGGUUCUCUGGUCACGUAUUGAUCAGAAAUCCUGUUUUAAGGCUAUCACCGUUGCAGGUUUGCAUCCAAUUAUCAUCGAGACCUUGCUGCUGGAUAAGGAGCAGUCCUUGGUCACAGAUGUGACCAAGUUUCGGCAAGAAAUCGAUGAGCUGGGCGCCGAAAACAUCCUUUGUCUAUAUACGACCACUAGCUGCUUUGCUCCUCGCAACAGUGACAACGUCGUGGAACUGGCGAAGCUGGCCAAGCAAAUGGCGUUGCCGCAUAUCGUUAACAAUGCUUAUGGACUGCAAUGUGAGCCAAUAAUUGCGCAAUUGGAGAAGGCCUUAAACACGGGACGCAUCGAUUACAUUGUGCAGAGCUCGGACAAGAAUCUUCUAGUGCCAGUUGGUGGCGCAAUUGUGGCCACCCGUGAUGAGGCAAUGCUGAAGCAUCUGGGUAGCAGCUAUGCAGGUCGCGCUAGCAGCUCGCAGUCUCUGGAUGUCCUCAUGACGCUGCUCUCGCUGGGUCGCAGUGGUUACGAAUCUCUUCUGUUAGAGCGCAGUCACAACUUUGAAUAUCUGCAACACCGUCUGCAGGAAUUUACUGCCCAAGCCGGCGAAAUUGUACCUCAGUGCGCAAAUAACGGCAUUUCGUUAGCCCUCACACUGAGCUCAUUAUGCGCUAAUCCUGGAGACCAUCGCAAUGCUCUCACUGAACUGGGAUCAAUGCUGUACACACGCGGAAUCUCCGGCGCACGAGUUGUGCCCCCUGGAGACGUGAAGUGCAUCGAUGGCUACGAAUUCAAAAAUUUCGGUUCGCAUCGAGACGAGCAACUGAAAGUGCCAUACUUGACAGUGGCUGCUACACUUGGAGUCACCAAAGCGGAGAUCGACAGAUUCUUUGAGGUCUUGCACAAAUGCUGGGACCAGCUGAGUAAAUCUAAUGUUAAUUAG